AUGGACAAUAAGACGGCAGCAACAUUAAAACAGAUUUCAGUUCAACAGAAUUAUUUCGUCCAAAAUUUUAUUCUUGUUUGGCUCGAUGCAGACAUCGAUGAAACUAGUGUUGUUUAUCUUGAUUCAAUCAAACAAAUAAAAAGAAUAGCUAAUACAAUUGAAAAGUUUACUGAUCCUGACGAAUGUAUCGAUUUUAUCACAGAUAUGAAUCAUCUCAAAUUAGUUCUGAUUAUCUCAUAUGCUUAUGCUUGUUGUACAAUACCUUGCAUUCAUGAUAUACCACAGUUAGAAGCGAUCUACAUUUUUUUCCAAGAUAUACCAUAUCAUGAACAAUGGAUAACACAUUGGCCAAAAGUGAUUGGUAUCUUCAAUCAAGUUAGUUCGAUUUGUGAAUCAUUGAAAAUAGCUGUACGUCGUCGAGAUGAAGAUAAACUCUCUGUCAGUAUGGUUUCAAUUGAUGAUACCGAUCCAAAUAAAAGUUUACAUCAACUAGAUCAAUCGUUUAUGUAUACUCAGUUACUGAAAGAAAUUAUCCUUGAUUUGAAUUAUGAUGAAAAAUCAAUAAAAGAUCUGACUCAGUACUUCCGUGAAGAAUAUGCCGAUAAUGAAUAUCAAUUGAAAUUUAUCAAUGAAUUUGAACAAGACUAUUUCAAAGAAACACCUAUUCGGUGUUUGGCUACUCCAUACAACAACAUAGCUUGUAUGUAUGAUAAUAUAGGAGAGUUUUCGAAAGCACUUCCAUUUCAUGAAAAAGCACUUCAAAUUCGUCAAAAAUCACUUCCUCCAAAUCAUCCUGAGUUGGCUAAUUCAUACAACAAUAUUGGUGCUUGGCAUAGAAUGACAAAACAGUAUCCAAAAGCACUUUUGUUUUACGAAAAAUCACUUCAAAUCCGUGAAAAAGUACUCCCUCCAAAUCAUCCUCAUUUGGUUUCAUUAUACACUGACAUUAGUCUGGUGUAUGUUCAUAUGGAACAGUACUCGAUGGCAUACUCGUUCGCUCAACGUUCAUUCGAUAUUCGACAGCGUUCGUUACCUUCCGACCAUCCUGAUCUUAAAAAGCACAGGGAACUUGUAGAAGCUCUACGAAAUAAAUGUAAAUAA